AUGGAUGUUCGUUCUGAGGGACAUCCAGAAGAACAUACCAUAAGUCCGAACGGGACCUCCGUGGAACACCAGAAGCAGACCCCUCCCCUCUAUUCCCCCCAUGGAGUAGGGGAUACAAUUUUUACUUUUCAGAUCACCUCUUCAGCCCCCAACCCAACCAACGCGCAACUGCUUCUAUCUAAAACAUCUAGGAAAAAAAAACCGAUUACCGAGAAACACGGAAUUCCGGACCUGGUUCUAUUCCAUCUUAUCAUCUCGUCCUUGCAAAAAUUAUCGGACAUAGGGAUAUUCAUAUCUCGCACAACGUAUCUACCUACACCUACGUUGCUGUCUCUGUACAACUGCCUUACCGGCUACUCGAGAAUUACAUCCUCUACAACGCAUCUUGACGCUUUAACAUCUUUGAGGCAGAGACACAGACAGGCAGACAGGCAGGCAUACAGAACAUAA